AACAAAAGCAAAAAAGAAGUACGACGAGGUGCACAGUCGAAUGGAACAGGGAAAUUUGUACGGAAAAGAAGUGUCUCUCGAUCGUGCAGUGUCGUGCAAAGCAAUCGAACAAGAAGUCUGAUAAAACAGUGUGCGUUUGUGCGUGUGUGCGAGUGAAGCAAUAAUCGUGGACCAUAUUGGGUGGGCGGAAGAACCGUGUACAAAGUGCGGGUGUACGAUGACGGAAGCUGUUGCUGUUUGAAGUUGGAAAGAUUAUAAAAAUCAAUCAAUCCUUCGUCUAAUGCAAGUGGCGAGCAGUUCAUCCCAAUCAGCUCUCGCUAGCAAAGCGCAUCAGGAGGGAGUCCCAGUUUACUACGUGUGAGAAAUCGAAGACCUGCUACGACUGCUACGAAUUAUCUCCUGCUGUUCCGCUCCUCCUGGACGAUGGUGGUGCUGUAAAAGUGUGUGCACGACCGCCUGUACGUGUACCCCAGCAGUGUACGGUCGUCGUCGUCGUCACCGUCGUGUGAUCCGCGACGAUUGCCGGCUUGGAGCAACAUUAAAAACUGCCAGUGUGUGCCGUAGUGAGCAUAGAAGGUGCGAGCGUGAGCAUAGUAUGCUCUGAGAAGUUUACACCGUGCUGCUGCUGCUGCUGCUGGGUGGUUCCUUCCCCCAAAACGAACGGGGCAAAAUUCGCCGAGAAUACACUACCAGCUCCCGUGCACUGUGCAAAAAUUUAAAAGUAGUUUGGUUCGCCCCAUAAACCCCAGGGAAGGUGUGUGACGGGAAGAAAGCAAGCGCGUGUGUGUGUGCAAAAAAAAGGGAUAGUCAAAAAGCGGGCAAGAAAGCUCUCCAUCUUAAAAGGUGGUUUGUAUUGCUUCCUCCUCCCGUUCCGGCUGCUGCUUGUGUGUUUCGACGAUUUUCUUUCUUCGCCUUUUUCAUGAAAUGUCAUGAGAAUAAACCGAAUCGAAGAUAGAAUGGAUGACAACAGUUCGCUCGGUCACCAGAACGGUGGCGGUAGUGGCGUUGGCCAGCUGAGCGGAAUCGGCGGAGCGGGGAGCGGCCAGGGCGGCGGCGGUAUCGGCGACAUGGCCAACAGUGGCGGUGCCGGCAGUGGGCUGGGUGGCAAGGGUGGUGCCGGCGGAGGCGGCGGCAACUGCGACGAUCAGAACAACAAAGCGCCGUCCCAGUACUCGAUUCCCGGCAUACUGCACUUCAUCCAGCACGAGUGGGCCCGUUUCGAGCUCGAACGAUCGCAGUGGGACGUGGACCGGGCAGAGCUGCAGGCUAAAAUCGCUGUACUGGUGGGCGAACGUAAGGGUCAGGAAUCCCUCAAGUCCGACCUGAUCCGGCGCAUUAAGAUGCUAGAGUAUGCUCUCAAACAGGAACGAGCCAAAUUCCAUCGGUUAAAGUACGGCGUCGAUCCGCCGAUGAACGACAUUAAACCGCCGACCGACGAGCCAGGAAUUGGAACAGAAGUAGCUCCCGAUCCGGAGGUACCGUACAGUUCCGUGUCGAACAUAACUUGGCGGCAGGGCCGGCUGCUGCUGCGUCAGUAUUUGCAAGAGAUCGGCUACACCGACACAAUCAUCGACAUCCGCUCGAACCGGGUGCGCUCGCUGCUCGGGCUGAACAACAACAGCGAGCAGGAGGAGAACCUCAGCCCGAACGUCAACGGUGGCACGGAGUCGAACAAGCGUGCCAGCGAGUCUCAAGGACGCCGAACGCCGGCCAAAAAACCAUCGUCCGUAACCGAAGCAAUGAUACUGGACUCGGAGGCGGCGGUCAUCGCCAACUUUGAGUUUCUGGCCCGGGAGGACGUGGAGAUGUCUGACGAUGACGAUGUCUCGGACGAGAUCGACGUGGUCGGCGACAGCGAGGAUACGGACAUGAAGACGACAAAACGGAAAGCCAAAGGAAGCACUUUGAACGACGAUAUCGACGCCGAAACUGAUGAAGUAAUCAAUGAGUUAAAUCCACUAACAGAAGGAUACAACAAAACUGGAAUGCCGCGUCAUCCAACGAUACCUGGCAUCGGAAAUGACGAGGAGGUGGAUUCGUCCCUCGGCGAGCUGGCCCAGCUGACGGUGAACAAUGAGACCGAGUCGCCGUACGACGUGUCCAACUCGAAGGAGCCAUACCGCAAAACGUGGAACGCCAAGUACACGCUCCGCUCGCACUUCGACGGCGUGCGGGCGCUGGCGUUCCACCCGCAGGAACCGGUCCUGAUCACUGCCUCCGAGGACCACACGCUCAAGCUGUGGAAUCUGCAGAAAACUGUGCCAGCGAAGAAGUCUGCUAGUCUCGACGUGGAACCUCUGUACACGUUCCGCUCGCAUAACGGCCCGGUGCUGUGUCUCGCCAUGUCGGCCACCGGCGAGCAGUGCUACUCGGGCGGGCUGGACGGUGCAAUCAACUGCUGGAACCUGCCGAGCUCCAACAUUGACCCGUACGACAGCUACGACCCGGAGGUGAUGCGCUGCACGAUCGACGGCCAUACCGAUGCCGUCUGGGGCCUGUCGGUGAACCACGCCAAGAACACGCUCGUCUCGUGCUCGGCGGACGGCACGGUGAAGCUGUGGUCGCCAUCCGGCAAGAUACCGACCAACAGCACCACCUUCACGUCCGAGACGGAGGGCAUCCCGACGUCGGUCGACUUCGUGAAGGACCAGAUCGACCGCAUCGUGGUCGCGUACAGCAGCACCCACUGCAUCAUCUACGACACCGAGACCGGCAAGCAGGUGGUGAAGCUCGAGGCAAGCAACGAGAUGUCCGGCAACCUCGGGAAGCACAUCAACAAGGUGAUCAGCCAUCCGACGCUGCCGCUCACGAUCACGGCGCACGAGGAUCGCCACAUCCGCUUCUGGGACAACGCCAGCGGUUCGCUGGUGCACUCGAUGGUCGCCCAUCUGGACGCGGUCACCAGCCUGGCGAUCGAUGCGCACGGACUCUACCUGCUGUCCGGUUCGCACGACUGCUCGAUCCGCCUCUGGCAUAUGGACAACAAGACGUGCGUCCAGGAGAUUACCGCGCAUCGGAAAAAGUUCGACGAAAGCAUACUGGACGUCGCCUUUCAUCCCUCGAAACCGUUCAUCGCCAGUGCUGGCGCUGACGCAAUCGCAAAGGUGUUCGUUUAAAGGGGCAAAUGGAAUGGGAAAAAAGCAAACACACGCGAGAAAGCCGAGCGCAACGGCGGUGAGUGUAAACGCCCCCGAUAGGAAAAAGGACACUUGGUGGUGGUCGCUUAAACGGGAAACGGAGCGCCCCCGGACAUCGUUGUUUCAAUGUCGCGCACCUGCUCUGGCUUCAUUUGAGGGCUUCACUAUACCUUUUUUUUUAAUUUCACUCUGAUCCUAUCCAUACCAACCAUCCGGUGCCACACGGAUCACUGCUGGAACUGCUAUGCUUGCUUGUUUCCACCUGCAUAGGUACACUUUAAAUGGUUUCCCAACCUCCCCCAUUUCACACACACACACACCUAAGGCCGAUGAUGAUGGUAUGACGGAAGUGUUGUUAUUCCUAGGGAAAAAGUGCGCGCUGACGAUGAGAUUUUUACCGUGUCAUUACCGCAAGUCAAAGCAGAUCAUCAUAGAAAGGGUCGUCGCGUAGGUUACAACUUCCGUUGCGAGAAAGAGAGAGAAAGAGAGAUACAUACCCGUGCGGGAAAGUAUGCGGAUUAAAUUAGACACGCGGUAAACACAAAUGAAGAUAAGCGAAUCGAGUAAGUUUAGUAAAAUAUAUUAUUAAUAAUUCACACCUAAACUCACUGACACACA